GUAAGUCUCCUUUGCUCCAGCAUGUGGUGUCUCACAGGAGACAGUUAUUCAUGAUCCUGAAUAACAGCAAUGAAGAGUUGAACUUGUCUUUUCAGCUGAAAAUUGAUGGGUUUGAUUAUGUUCUGUUUGCCACGUCAGACGUUAUGAAGUGUUUCGGCUGUGGAAAGGAGGGUCAUGUGAUCCGAGUGUGUCCAGAAAAACCUGCCGGUACUGAAUCUGGUCAGACUGCUGGAGAGGGAACAUCAGGGCAGAAGGAAGCUGGAAAAAAGGGAGGAAUAAGUGACAAGGAGCAAAGAGGCAGAGCUGAAAUGAAGAACAGGGAGGAGGAAACAGGUGGAGACAACAGUGGUGAUGGUGAACAGAUGGAGGGAGGAAAUCAAACUGUUAGCUGCAGAGAAAAGGACACAUCAAACUGUCAAAGCAUCAGUGAUGAGGGAAACAAGGCAGAUGAGACGCAAAAUAGUAAGACAGCUGGGCCAGAGGAGAUUUUGGCAGGAAGUGCAGAUAUAGACAUGGUUGGUGAGGAGAGCAGCCUGACAAUCACUCGGCAGAAGAGAAAAUCUGAAAUCGACAGUAAAGGCUCAAAAGCAAAGAAGGUUACAGUCCGCAAAGACAAACAGAAGCAGACUGUGAAGGAGUCGAUGGCGGAGUAUGACUCCAGUGUGGAAGGCCGUUUAGAUGUCUCACUGAACAAAAUGACCCCAGGAGAGCUGAAUAAACAGAUUUAUGGGGUUGAGAAAAUCAAACUGUUUCUACAGAAAACAAAGAACGUAAAAGGGUAAAAGCUGAAAGUUUCUUUCCAGACAAAGAGGCUUUUCUUAACUCAGUCAAGUCACAGCUGAGGGCCAAAGGAAGAGAGGGUUUAACUGAGCAGGAGGUUUACAGGUUGAGGAAAAUAGUGGUGAAGAUCAGACAUGAACUUAAUGAAGAAGAUGGAGAGGAAUCAAACUAAAGGUUUUCUUUUUCUCAGUCUGUGUGUGCUGUCUGGUUGUCUCCUUUUUAUUUCUUCAAUGAGGGAUUUAAAGUUGCUUCAUUGAAUUUAAAUGGAGCUGCAGACAUCAGGAAGAGGAUGCAGCUAUCUGAGCUGAUGAAGCUGAAAAGUGUUGUUUGUCCAGGAAACACACAGCGACAGGUCCAGUGAAACUGACUGGAGAUCAGAAUGGGACGGGGAGGUCGUGUUAAGCUCCUUGACCUCCGUGAGCGGGGGGGUAGCCGUCCUCUUUUCUAAAAAGUUUCUGCCGACUUCUUCUGAACUUAAGGAAGGCUGAUGAUGGUCAGAGCCAAGUUUGAGUGUUUCACUCUCACAUUCAUUAAUGUUUAUGCUCCAAAUGUCGGCUCAGAGUCCGUUUUAUUAAUCCUCUCAGUGACACUCUGACUAGCUGUGGUUCAGAUGAGUUUUUAUUUUUAGGGGGAGAUUUUAAUUGGACAGGAAUCAUGUUGAACCUCAUGCUGCUUCGAAAAAGGCAAUUAAUGAAGUAAUAAAAACACAUGAUUUGGUGGACGUUUGGAGGAGGUUGCACACUGAAGACC